AUGUUUUUGCUUUCUGAGUGUCUUUUCCUGUUUUUGUCUUUUGAAGUCACCACUAGACCGCGACGCAAGGGUGAAGUGGAUGGGAAAGACUACUACUUCUGUAAGAGUCGUGCCAAGAUGGAGUCCGAAAUAGCCAUGAACAAGUUUGUUGAGGCGGGUGAAUACAACGGAAAUCUCUACGGAACGCACAUCCAAUCGGUAUUUAAGGUCUCCGCAAGCGGUCUUCACUGCCUCCUAGAUGUCGGCGGCCCGGCCUUGGCUCGGCUGACAAAGGCUGGUCUUCCACCCAUCGCUAUUCUGGUGAACGGAUCAGCAGGCCUGUUGGAGGAGGCUCAAGGC